CAAAUGGUAUCAUGAACGUGUCAGCAGAGGACACAGAGACUGGAGCGAAGGGCAGCAUCACCAUCACCAACGACAAGGGCAGACUGUCUAAGGAAGAAAUCGAGAGGAUGAUUGAGGAUGCGAAGAAGUACAAGUUGGAGGAUGAGAAGUUUAGGAAGAAGACUAAGGCGAGGUAUGAUUCGGAGAACUACGCAUACAACACGAGGAACACAGUUAGAAGUGCAGCUAAUCUCACAGCAGCAGACAAGAAGACUGUGGAGGAUGCAUUCGAGUCUUUUAUACAGCGGCUGAUAUUCAACGAAUAUGCAGAGGUUGAUGAUUUUAAAGGCAAGAUGAAGGAGCUCCAGACUGUUUUCAAUCCCAUCGUUGCCAAGAUGAAUUAA